ACUCACACCCAACCACAUCACAUUGUCUUGAGUUAUUUGUUUUCGGGAGCUUGUCCCCGCCUAGCAACCGGUCUGCUAAGAACUGGAUCGUAGCGCGGAGCCGGGCCAGACAGGCGCUCUUGCUCUUCCUCGGCCUGCGGCGGGAUCCGCCGGCCCAGGGGCCUCUCCCCGGACUCCACGCGUGUCAGGAGGGCUCUCGGGUUAGGGAAGUGGUGGCUGGAGACGCCCCGGGCGGCCGGGCGGUGGCGGGGCGCGGGUCCUUUAAGAAGGAACGCGGGGCGCGGCCAGGUAGGGGCGGGUCCCGGGCGGAUCAGCGCUGCGCCGGCGCCGGCCCGGGAGCCGGAUUUGGAGCGCGCGGCGCUGGUGGGGGCGGAGGGGCGGUGCGGUGGGGCUUCCCGUGGCCUCGGACGCUCCUCCUGGCUCGCGGCCGCCGCCCGCCGCCACCUGCGCCUCCAGCUCCUUCGCCCCGGCGGGCCUGGCCGCCGCUUCCGGCAGCUUACCUGGGCCGCGCUCACCUGGGCCGCGCUACCUGCCUGCGGGCGCCUGGGCUCCAGGAUGAAGGACCGGCUGGAGCAGCUGAAGGCCAAGCAGCUGACGCAGGAUGAUGAUACUGAUGAGGUCGAGAUUGCUAUCGACAACACGGCUUUUAUGGAUGAGUUCUUUUCUGAGAUUGAGGAAACUCGGCUUAACAUUGACAAGAUCUCAGAACAUGUGGAGGAGGCUAAGAAACUCUACAGUAUCAUUCUCUCUGCACCGAUUCCAGAGCCAAAAACCAAGGAUGACCUAGAGCAGCUCACGACUGAGAUUAAGAAGAGGGCCAACAACGUCCGCAACAAACUGAAGAGCAUGGAGAAGCAUAUUGAAGAAGAUGAGGUCAGGUCAUCGGCAGACCUUCGGAUUCGGAAAUCCCAGCACUCUGUCCUUUCUCGGAAGUUUGUGGAGGUGAUGACCAAAUACAAUGAAGCUCAGGUGGACUUCCGAGAACGCAGCAAAGGGCGAAUCCAGCGGCAGCUCGAAAUUACCGGCAAAAAGACAACAGAUGAGGAGCUGGAGGAGAUGCUGGAGAGUGGCAACCCAGCCAUCUUCACUUCUGGGAUCAUUGACUCACAGAUUUCCAAGCAAGCCCUCAGUGAGAUUGAGGGACGGCACAAGGACAUUGUGAGGCUGGAGAGCAGCAUCAAAGAGCUUCACGACAUGUUUAUGGACAUCGCCAUGCUGGUGGAGAAUCAGGGAUCCAUGAUUGACCGUAUUGAGAACAACAUGGACCAGUCAGUGGGCUUCGUGGAGCGGGCCGUGGCAGAUACCAAAAAGGCUGUCAAGUAUCAGAGUGAAGCCCGGAGGAAGAAGAUCAUGAUCAUGAUCUGCUGUAUUAUCCUUGCGAUCAUCUUAGCUUCCACCAUUGGGAGCAUAUUUGCCUGAAAAAGCCCUCACAGAUUGGUCGACUGGCAUUUGUAAUCCUCCUUCCACUUCUGUGGUACCAUCACUUCUCCACACAGACUCCUCAUCAGCUUCUCCUCUUUCCAUUAUGAAACUUCUUAGGAAACAGGGCAUCAAUCAACUACUUAUUAAGAAUUAUGCAAAGAAGAACAAACGUAAUACAGAUUGGGUGGAGGACAGAGACAGGGAGUAGAUACAUAGCUGAUUAGGCAGAUGGCUUAAAGGAGGACUGCAGGGUAGAGAAGAAAGCAGAGUGGGGGCUUUAGGACGUGAAACUUAGAGCCUGCACGUGCAGCACGGCUGUGAAGGGGCAGAUAUCAUAGUGCACCUAACUCAACAGGUUCUUACUUGAACUGCUGUUGAGUUGGUCAAGUCAGGGCACUUCUGCUCUUCUAGGUCUCACCUUUGACCAGCUUACAUCUGUUUCCUCUUCCAGGCUCCAGUAGUAGUAUUAAAAGUGAAGUUUAUCUAAGGAUAGGCACAUGCCUAUCUUGCUCACUGUUGUGUCCCCACUUUUUAGCACAGUGCCUGCUGCUUACAGGUACUCAAAUAUCUGCUGACUUAUAAUUAAGCUGUUAUGUCAGUCAUGGACAAAUCCUUGGGUUUGACUCCUAAACUCUUUAGGGUACCAGUGAGAACAUGGUUUGUUAUUAUCAGAGGCUGUGUAAAGCUGCUUGGGAAUGGGCUGAUCUAUUUAUGCAAAAAUGCUACUAGCCCUUCCCCCCCAUUACCACAACAUCAACUUUAAAGUGCUUUUUCUAUGGGUGGUGAUGGUGGACUUCUAUCAACAGCCUCUUAAUCUGUGGAGAAUAUGGCUGGCCCCAGGAGAAACAGGUUUAUAGUAUGACUGACCUCUCCCAUUGGUGGCACACUCUGUGAACCAUAACAAAGAACAGAUAAAGGUGUCAGGUGAGAAAGGUAAAAUGAGGUGAUCACUCACUUCACCUCUCACCUGAUUUGUGUCGCUAGCUGAAACUGCUGGCCAGUAACAGAAGUGUAAGAAACUGUUAUAGGCUGGGUGCAGUGGCUCACGCCUGUAAUCCCAGCAUCGUGGGAGGCCGAGGAAGGUGGAUCACCUGAGCUAAGGAGUUUGAGACCAGCCUGACCAACAUAGUGAAACCCCAUCUCUACUAAAAAUACAAAAUUAGCCAGGCAAGUGACUCAUGCUACUUGGGAGGUUGAGGCAGAAUUGCUUGAAUGCAGGAGCUGGAGGUUAACAGUGAGCCGAGAUCAUGCUACUACUGCACUCCAGCCUGGGCAACAAGAGCAAAAUUCCAUCUCAAAAUAAAAAACAAAACCAAAAAUAGCUGUUCUAAAUACUGUCCCCAGCUCCAUUCAAGGUUCAGUUGUGUUCAGCUUUAAAAAGAGCUAUGUGAAUGUGUUCUAGUGCAGAUAACUUUUUGUGAUUUAGUCACAAGAAUUUCACUAAAAAUUCAUUUAAAAAAUCACAGUAUACAACUGUGAGGAGCACACAACUGCUACGUUUGUACUUCUGAAAGUAAAUUAUUACUUUGAUACUUUAUUUUUUAAAAAAGUGAGAUUAAAAAAUAUUUUGGUCAAUGCUGUAUUCUACCCACCUUCAAAAGCCAACGGUUUAAUAUAUAUAUUAAUUUGUGCUUCCUUUAGUUUGAAUAGGGGAUAGAAGACUGCAGCUGGCUAGCUCUGGAAAACAUUAAUCUGGGCAAACAGGGAGAUGGAGCUGUGGGGAUGAGUCCUAGGGGGCCCUCAUUCACUAGCAGUUAAGAAUUUACAUGUUGCAUGGCACGUAGCACUGUACUGGAUUCUGCAGGGGGAACAAAAAUAGAGCCAAAUACCCUCCCUCUUUGGAGAAUUUCAGACCUAGAAAAGGCCACACAGUUUUAACUUUUGCUAUUGGUUCCUUUGCUAAAAGGCAAAGGGUAUGUUCCUUGCAUAUUGUCCAACAUUCCCAUUCCAAGAUUGAGAGAAGAUGGGUAGCUGGGCAUCAAUAAAUGUUGAAUCAAUUGA